UCCCCGCCCUCCUCACCCCCAACUCCGGUCCCGGCGAGGGAGCUCGGCAUUUAGGGCCCUGGACAAGGAAGCAGGACUGCCCCGAACCCCGCGAAGAGAGAUGGGAAAGCUCAGGCCAGCAGCCCCGGGCGGGACCCCCUGCAGAUACCCUGUUCCAGCUGAAGUUCACAGCGAAGCAGCUGGAGAAACUGGCCAAGAAGGCGGAGAAGGACUCGAAGGCGGAGCAGGCCAAGGUGAAGAAGGCCCUGCAGCAGAAGAACGUGGAGUGUGCCCGUGUGUACGCGGAGAAUGCCAUUCGCAAGAAGAAUGAGGGUGUGAACUGGCUGCGCAUGGCGUCUCGCGUGGACGCAGUGGCCUCCAAGGUGCAGACAGCUGUGACCAUGAAGGGGGUGACCAAGAACAUGGCGCAGGUGACCAAAGCCCUGGACCGAGCGCUGAGCAGCAUGGACCUGCAGAAGGUGUCUGCGGUGAUGGACAGGUUUGAGCAGCAGGUGCAGAACCUGGACGUGCACACCUCGGUGAUGGAGGACUCCAUGAGCUCGGCCACCACGCUGACCACGCCACAGGAGCAGGUGGACAGCCUCAUCGUGCAGAUCGCGGAGGAGAACGGCCUGGAGGUGCUGGACCAGCUCAGCCAGCUGCCCGAAGGCGCGUCUGCCGUGGGCGAGAGCUCCGUGCGCAGCCAGGAGGACCAGCUGUCGCGCAGGUGGUCUGUGGCGAUGCCUGUGAUAGCAGGUGUGCUGCUGACCAACAGCAGUGGGGGUUGGGGUCCCCUUGCCAGGCGGUACCUGGAGCCCUCCCAGCAGCGGGCAGGCCUCCCCCACCCCUAG